CUUCUAAGCCCUGUUUGAACAUAAGCUUCUCUUGAAAGUAAGCCUGGGGCACUUUCCUCUAACGAACGUCCUGCCUUGGAUAGGUCUGCCUUAUGUCCAACGCGCCUUCCUCACAUGCCAUUUAGACCCCGGAGGAGGUGUGGUCAUCUGUCCGAAGGGUAACCCUAGUUCCCUUUCAAGAAUAUCACAGUUGACGCUCAGCAGUCGAUACGCCCUCGACACCCUUUUUACAUUGCGUCUACUUGGCCAUUCUGGACACGGGUUUCCGUGUACAGACAGCAUUUUUGUCUCCAUCAGUUCUUUUCCUUCGUCCGGAUACCCGUAUCUCACAUCCACCUUGUGUAUCUCGUUCGCGGGCUUACUCCCUGUUCUUCAACGUUCAACGACACAUGCAGAGGUAUCCCAUCGAUACCACUGUCAAUCCUCCAACCGUCAUGACGAAAACUCGCUCAAAUACCGCCGCUAAUUCCGAGCGUGAUGCAGCCACUUCAAGAGAAGUCAGCUGUGCAGCUAACACGCAUGGGCAGGUGGCCAGCAACACACCAAACGGGCUCGGUACCGCCAGUAACACCAUCCCAGCGACCCAGCUGGCAUUCAAUACCAGCCAUAUCGUGAUACUACAGGAGCUCCUGACGAUGCGACGGACACUCGAAGGCAUAUCUCGUCGUCAGGAGGCAAGCGAUGAGACGAUUAGGGCCAGCGAGACAAGAUUGCAAGAACUUCAGCCCAUGCCUAAACGGCUUGACGAUAUGGGCUUCGAACUGAACAGUCACUACUCGCUAGCCGAAGACAAAAUACGCAGACAAGAGGCAGAGAUCAGAGCUCUGGCGGACAAGAUUGUUCGAAGUGACGAAGAGAGACUUGUCCUGGAUCGUAAGGUAGAGCAGCUUUCUACCAAAAUCUCUCUGCAGGCAACGCAAGCAGACCCCGAGGAAAAUGGUUCAACUCGGUUCGCUUCCAAACGCAAAGAGCAGGAGGCCCUGCCAGCAUACGAACCUAACGAGCAGCCGAUGCCUUGCGAAGUGGUUUCCCACAUAUCCAGCAUUAUGACAGUUCCUCCAACGACGCCAGCACCCAAAAGGCUUAAGAUCGAAUACCCUAGGCUCGCCAAACGUCAGGUGCUGAGCUUUCGGAAAUACAUGCAGGCUUCCAAAAACGACUAUCAGAAGGCCACCCCAAAGACCGGCAGCGACAUGAGGCGGUUCAUCAAUCAAUUCAUCGAGGGUGUCCAGGACAGGAAUGUUUCCAACAAUUUGCAGGACCAAAUUCUAGCACAUUUCCCCUCGAAAGUUCGAAGGUCAAAGUCAAUAAGAGGGCCGCGUAGUAUUGUCAUCGAGGGCAACCUGCACUGGGACGAUGUUUGCCAGGUUGCCAGCUUGCUGCAGACUGGGAAGGGAGCUGAGGAGUGAGCCAGCC